AAUCUAAAGGUAUUUUAAAAUAAGUAAAAUAAUAUAGACAUAUUGCAUACAAACAUAACGAAAUGAUAAUCCGUUUUGUAAAAGGUUUUUAUCCAAGUGUAUAUAGAACAUGUUUUAUUAGGGAACGAUUAUUUUCAACGUCUACUAAUCUCUUUAGUGCAGGUGUAGACGAUAAAUUGUUUGGAUUAAAUACUGAUCAGGAGAGCUUUAGGCAAACUGUACACGAUUUUUGUAAAAAAAAUCUUGCUCCUUUUGCUGAUCAAAUUGAUAAAAAUAAUGGCUGGAGUGAUCUUCGGGAAUUUUGGAAAAAACUUGGUGAUAUGGGGCUUCUUGGUAUAACUGUUUCUCAAGAAUAUGGAGGUCUUGGAUUAGGUUACUUUGAACAUGUUAUAGCAAUGGAAGAAAUUAGUCGUGCCAGUGGUGCUAUUGGUCUCAGUUAUGGGGCUCACUCAAAUCUAUGUGUAAACCAAAUUGCUCGAAAUGGAACUAAAAACCAAAAAGAGAAAUAUCUUCCAAAAUUAAUUAGCGGAGAAGUUUUUGGCUCUCUGGCAAUGAGCGAAGUAGGUUCAGGAUCGGACGUCGUUUCAAUGAAGUUGCGUGCUGAUAGAGAUGGAAAUGAUUACAUACUAAACGGAAAUAAAUUUUGGAUUACAAAUGGACCAGAUUCUGAAACCUUUGUUGUUUAUGCUAAAACUGUGUCUGAUAAAGAAAAAGCUGCACGUGGUAUUACUUGUUUCAUUAUAGAGCGUGGAAUGAAAGGUUUUUCCACAAUGCCAAAACUUGACAAAUUAGGUAUGCGAGGAUCAAAUACAUGUGAGUUAGUAUUUGAUAAUUGCCGGGUUCCUGCAGAAAAUAUAUUGGGUGAACUUAAUCAAGGAGUCUAUGUUUUGUUUAGUGGCUUAGAUAUAGAACGUUUAGUAUUAUCUGGUGGUCCUCUUGGUAUAAUGCAAGCAGUAAGUGAUACUGUGUUUCCUUAUGUUCACGCGCGCAAACAAUUUGGAGAAUCUGUUGGCCACUUUCAGUUAAUGCAGGCAAAACUAGCUGAUAUUUAUGUUGCACUUUCUGCAAGUCGAUCUUAUGUAUACUCAGUUGCAAGAGCUAUUGAUAGCGGACAUUUUAAUAGUAAAGAUUGUGCGGGUGUUAUAUUAUACGCUUCGGAGAAAGCCACACAGGUGGCUUUGCAAGGAAUUCAAUGUUUGGGUGGAAAUGGAUAUAUAAAUGAUUAUCCUACAGGACGUUUUUUACGAGAUGCUAAGUUAUAUGAAAUAGGUGCUGGGACCAGUGAAAUACGACGUUGGUUAAUUGGUCGGAAUAUAAAUCAGCAGUUUAAGUGAAGCUAAAUUUCCGAUUCAAACUAAUUAGUGUGAUGGUUAUACCGUGUUACAUUUGACCAAGUGCAUGUUUAAUAAACUCAGUUAUUAUUUUAAAAGCUUUUUUUUUGUAAACAUUAAAUCAUAUGCACAAAAAACAUUAAGGAAGUAAUGUUGAAUAUUGAAUUAGUUUUAUACAUAUACAACUGUAUACAUGUAUACAGGAGAGAAUUUUUGCUGCUUUUUUCUUAAUUUUACAUAAAUAAACUUUUAAUAAAUUGAAAAAAAAAAUUUCGACAA